AUGCAAUCGAACAAGACAGGACGUAUAUUCCUGGCUGCCAUAGCGGCAAAUUUAUCUGCCUUUUCGGUGGGCACCUGUUUGGGUUGGACCUCACCGGUGGGAGCCAUACUGAAAUCACCGGAUACUUCUGGUUCGCCUUUGGAUUAUAGAAUCGAUGCCAAUGAAGAUGCAUGGAUUUCAUCGAUUUUGGCAUUGGGUGCUUUGGCGGCACCCUUUGCUGCUGGACCAUUGGCGGAUAAAAUUGGACGUAAAUGGUCCUUGAUAUCCAGUUCGAUAUUUCUGAUCGCCGCCUUUGUUUUAAUGAUGUUGGCCCACAAUGUGGGAUUGUUGCUGCUGGGACGUUUUCUACAAGGAUUUGGGGCUGGGUUCGUUAUGACCAUCACCCCCAUGUAUGUGGGUGAAAUUUCCACAGAUAAUGUGAGAGGAGCUACUGGAUCGCUAAUGCAGUUAUUUCUUGUGGCUGGCAUCCUUUAUGUCUACUCCAUAGGUCCAUAUGUCUCCUAUCAGGCCCUACAAUGGUGCUGCCUCAUAAUACCCCUACUCUUCGAUGCGGGUUUCUUUUUUAUGCCCGAAAGCCCAUACUAUUUGGCUGGCAGGGGACGAAAGGUCGAUGCCCUGAAAUCCUUGACAUUUCUAAGAGGUCAAAACUCAGCCGAUAACGUUAAGGAGGAAAUGUGUGGUAUACAGAAAAUUGUAGAGGAGUCUAUGUCCAGCAAAGCCUCCUUAAAGGAUCUCCUUACAAAUAUUGGAAACCGCAAAGCUCUCAUUAUAACAGCUGGUUUGGUGGCCUUUCAACAACUCUCGGGAAUAAAUGUGGUACUCUUCAAUGCCCAAUCGAUAUUUCAAAGUGCCGGCACCGAUUUAGACCCAGCCAUUGCCACCAUCAUAAUUGGAGCUGUGCAGGUCCUUUCCUCCGGACUAACCCCCAUAUUGGCUGAUCGCUUGGGCCGCAAAAUCAUAUUACUCAUUUCGGCAGCUGGCAUGUGUAUGUGUCUAACAGCAUUGGGUACCUUCUUCUAUAUGCAGCUGGAGGAGGGUGAUAUUUCGCGGGUACUAUGGCUUCCUGUGCCGGUCUUAGUUAUUUACAAUAUUGUUUAUUGCAUUGGAUUUGGUCCAUUGCCAUGGGCUGUGGCUGGUGAAAUGUUUCCACCCAAUGUUAAAUCAAAAGCUGCUUCCAUUGGUACUUCAACAUGUUGGACUUUGGGUUUUCUGGUGGCCUAUUCAUAUCCUUCGUUGGCUCAAUUGGGUCCCCACUAUGCUUUUUGGUUAUUUGCUGUAUUUUGCUCUGUGGCUUUUGCUUUUACGCUAUUUGUGGUAAUGGAAACGAAGGGGUUGAGUUUGCAACAGAUACAAGAUCAAUUGAAUGGGAGACAAGGCGAAGGGGAACAACAAAGGGAUCAGUGA